AGUAUUGAUCUUUAACCAUUAGCAAUGUGCUGACAAUGAGAGAGAAAAUACUACAGAAAGGUUUAAAAUGAGAGAAAUUACUGAACUCUUCAGUGUAAGGAUUACUUAAGAUUUGUAACAAGGGAGGCUUGGGAGUCAUUGAAUGGUUAGGCGCCUGUGGAUUAAAUCAAAGAGGAUAUGCAGAGAUUUAAUCUGGAACAGCGAGGUGACUGGCAGCUGAAAGCAGCUAAUUUCCCGAUAAAGCUUUUCCCUUGAUACCAGCAACAUUACGUGUCUGCAAUCUCGCAGGGCGCCAAGAGCUGCGUGGCCAGCGUGGGUGAGUGAGCGGUGUGCUGUCUAUUGACCUGCUCCCCAGGCCUGGAUUCUCUCCGGGAGCUCAGGCGGGAGGAUGAUACCCUCAGACAAAGGCGCAGACCCGCCCGACAAGGAGGACCUGACGCGUUCUACGCCGUCCAGUCCCGAGGAUGGUCUCUCCCAAAUCCUGAGGCUUGUGCUGCAAGAGCUGAAUUUGUUCUACAGCCGAGACGUGAGCGGACUGUGUCUCCUGUACGACCUCCUCCGCUCCCCGUGGCUGCAGGCUCUGCUAAAGGUGUAUGACUGCCUCCAGGAAUUUAAAGGGAAGAAACUCCUUCCUGCCACCUCCCAGGCACAGGCGCUGUCCCAUGAGGUUGUGGCGAUGUUACAUGCAGCCCCUGGCUCCCCCGAGAUCCAGGAGCUGAGACAAAUCCUCCAGGCUCCGCACUUUAAGGCCUUGCUCGGUGCCCAUGACACUGUGGCUCAGAAAGAUUUUGAGCCCCUUCUACCUCCCCUGCCGGACAACAUCCCCGAGGGUGAGGAAGCUAUGAGGAUUGUUUGUUUGGUGAAAAACCAACAGCCCCUGGGAGCUACCAUCAAGCGCCACGAGAUGACAGGGGACAUCCUGGUGGCCAGAGUCAUCCACGGCGGGCUGGCCGAGAGGAGUGGUAGGCUGGAGCCACAGGGUUUGUUAUUCGCCGGAGACAAACUGGUGGAAGUGAAUGGAGUUGCAGUGGAGGGACUGGACCCUGAGCAAGUGAUCCACAUUCUGGCCAUGUCUCGCGGCACAAUCAUGUUCAAGGUGGUUCCAGUUUCUGACCCGCCUGUGAACAGCCAGAAGAUGGUGUACGUUCGAGCCAUGACUGAGUACUGGCCCCAGGAGGACCCCACCAUCCCGUGUGCGGAAGCCGGGCUGCCUUUCCAGAAGGGGGACGUCCUCCAGGUGGUGGACCAGAGUGAUGCGCUCUGGUGGCAGGCCCGGAAAGUCUCAGCCCUGGGCACCUGUGCUGGCCUAAUCCCUUCCAGCCACCUUCUGAAGAGGAAGCAACGAGAGUUCUGGUGGUCUCAGCCAUACCAGCCCCACACCCACCUCAAAUCACCCAUGUCGAUUUCUAUGGAAGAAGAAGACGACAUGAAGAUUGACGAGAAGUGUGUGGAAGCAGACGAAGAAACAUUUGAAUCAGAGGAACUUUCAGAAGACAAGGAGGAGUUUGUUGGCUACGGUCAGAAGUUCUUUAUCGCUGGUUUCCGCCGCAGCAUGCGUCUCUGUCGCAGGAGGUCUCUGCUCCCCACCCUGUGCUGCCCCAGCAGCUGCCCCAGUGCAGCCGGGGCCCCCUAUGAGGAGGUGGUGAGGCACCAGCGGCGCCCCUCGGACACGCACCGCCUCAUCGUGCUCGUGGGGCCUUCUGGUGUUGGAGUGAACGAACUGAGAAGACAGCUCAUUGGACUCAAUCCUGGCCAUUUUCAGACUGCUGUGCCACAUACUACUCGUUCCAAAAAGAGUUAUGAAGUAGAUGGGCGUGAGUAUCACUAUGUGUCAAAGGAAACAUUUGAAAGCCUCAUGUAUAGUCACAGGAUGCUCGAGUAUGGGGAAUACAAAGGCCACUUCUAUGGCACCAGCGUGGAUGCUGUUCAAGCCAUCCUCAAUGAAGGGAAGAUCUGUGUCAUGGACUUAGAGCCUCAGGGUAUUCACGUGGCUCGAACCCAUGAACUGAAGCCCUAUGUCAUAUUUAUAAAGCCAUCUAACCUGAGUUGUAUGAAGCAAUCUCGAAAAAAUGCCAAGGUCAUUACAGACUACUUUGUGGACAUGAAAUUCAAGGAUGAAGACCUACAAGAGAUGGAGGAUUUAGCCCAAAAAAUGGAGACUCAGUUUGGCCAGUUUUUUGAUCACGUGAUUGUGAAUGACAUCUUGCAAGAUGCAUGUGCCCAGUUGGUGUCUGCAGUUCAGAAGGCUCAGGAGGAGCCUCAGUGGGUACCAGCAACAUGGGUUUCCUCUGAGACUGGGUCCUAAGGGCUCCUGCUUCGUGUUGGAGUUUUAACAACGUUUGUCUAUUUCAGCUCUGGAGUAACAGCUGCUAUCAGAAGCAGCAGUAUUUGCCCUAUUAUAAUAUGUGCAAUGUUUAAAGUCCUGCAGUUCGUUAAUUAAUCUUACUUGAAAAAAAUGUUUGCAUUGUAUGGUUAUGUAGUUACCUGUUUGGCUUUUAGAAAAAAAUGUUUGCUUUUACCUUAUGUAUAGCAAUUGGUAGGGAUAUGACCAAAGUCGAGUCACUGAGUAUGAGAA